AUGUUGGAUACAUUGCAAUCCAGCAUUGAUGAAUUGCGAGUAGCAAUUCUAAAUCAAGGUAGGCAGCUUGUUGACGCAUUUACUGCUAACCCUCUUCCACAAAAUCAAGGUGUUGUGGCUGCCCAGAAUAAUCAUGCGGUUGACUGGGACAUGCGCACCAAUUGGCUUGAGAUAAAAGCCAAGCUUAUGAAAAAGUACAUGCCAUCCAAUUUUGUUCAAAAAAUAUGUGACGCAGCUUAUGUUUUAUGGCAAGGCAUCCUAAUUGUUAAUGAAUCCAUGGAGGUAUUUGAAGAGCUGAAGAUCAAAGGUCAAAUUGUGGAAGAUCCCAAACCAAUACUUGCUCAAUUCAAGGCCGGUUUCAGGGCUAAUAUCAAGAGGGAAUUGCUUGGGAAGGACCUUUAG